AUUAUAAUUUUGGGGUAACCAGUAUAUUUUAAUUAGUUUAGAAACAUAACCUGACUUCAGGAAUGAAGUCUGCCAUAUGCCAGAUGUGACGAAAAGGAGAUUCAUAGCUAGGAUUGUGCUCUAAUUGCCUGUACCAUGGGGUGUGCAGCCUUUGGUCUUCUUAGAAUGGGAAUGGGAUGUAUAAUGAGUUUCCAGAGCUGUCAUGGAUGAGAAGAUGAACUUUGCAGUAUGGUGACCAUGCCAUUUCAGCCCAUCUACUGCCAAACUAGGCAUAGACUUUGUGAUGCUUUUGUUUACUACAACCAACAUACAUAGAUUAACUGAAAAGAACCUGUUGCUCCUAUUGCUCCUAUACAGACAAAAAUAUUUGAUCAAACUGUACUAACACACCCACAGACAUCUAUAGCAUUUCAGAUUAUACCCUGGGAAGCAUAUAUUCACUAGAAUAUCAGCGGAAAAUGAAAAGAAAUCGCCCGAAGGUUUAUAAAAGAUUGAAAGAAUUGUAUGACAGGUACAAUAAUGCUGUUAAAGCUGGUGAAGAUGUAGGAGUGAUGAUGCGACUUGCUAGUGAGGUUGAUCUGUCUCCAGCGCUUUUAGCACGAAUUAUUUUAGAGAAGUAUUAUGAAAAGCACCCAGAAAAAAGUACUGAGCCUGUCACAAAAGGCUUUAUCACAAAACUGAUGAAGGACACAACUCUGAUCAAAGACAAAGAUCUAGCAUAUGAAGUAUAUCUGUGUGUCAUUUAUGAUGACCAGUAUGGAUCAAUAUCUGAUUGUAUCAAACAUUCUAUAGGCCAGGAAUAUGAGUUACGGCUUCAGAGAAUGGUAAAGGACUUGAAUAUUGCUUUCCGGGAUGAGGAACAUCUUAGGCGACACGGUUAUGAUAAGACACCAGACAUAAAACUAGAGAUACCAAUUGCUGUGGAUGGAUUUGUAGUCAAUUGGAUUGAAAGCAAAGCUUUGUUUGGUGAUGAAGAAGGUCAUAACACAUAUUUUAAGGAUCAGUAUCUCAGUUACUGGAAUAGGUUUGGUCCAGGAUUAGUGAUAUAUUGGUUUGGCUUUGUUGAAACACUGGAACUUCAUAAUGAAAAAUGCAUCAUAAUCCGUGAAGAUUUCCCAACUAAUAUAACAUUAAUGGAUCCUACAAGUAUAGAACCACACCCUGUUACAAGCUGAGACAAGUGGAAGUUACAUGUUUGUAUGUUGACAUCGGAAGAAAACAGUUUGCCAGAAAAAGAAAAUUUUAUUAAUAGAAUGGUGAGUCAGUAAGUGAAUUUAAGUAUAGCUUCCACAGUAUUUUAUUCCAGAAACAUGAAUAUUAAAUAUUUUUAAUGUAAUUUACUUCAUCUCAUUGUCUUACCAUAUUUUCUUAAGACAAAGGAAGUGAGAGAAUAUUUCUUCAUCUUUACAUCUCAAUUUGAUUUAGAGAUCUCUUUCUUAUUCUUCCUUUCUGUAUGAUGUUUGAAGGCUUUGUCCGUCUCUCACAAUUUUAGGAAUCAGUCCACAUAGUCCAAGUAAAUUAUUAAUUCAUGACAUAGGUUAUGUACUGCAAGUGUAACGCUUCUUUCUAUAAUAAGAAUCCAUGCAUUGAGAAUGCAUUCUGUGGACUUGUUUAAAGCAAAACUCAUCAUGAUUUUAUAAAAUUACAUAUUUUAAAGUCAGUACUUUUAAAAUAAUUGCAAUAAACAACUAUAAAUAUACUUUAAUUAUGGGUCUAGCCACUGUAUAUUAUGCAGGAUUUGCAAAGAGAGUUCAUAAAUAAUAUAAAAUUUCAGCUUUUUUAAAGUAUAACACUGAAAAUGUUAAAACACGGUGUAAAAUAAUGACCUUAAUGUCAGUAUUACAAUUUCAUUACUUCAUCCCUGAAGAUUGUAAUGCAUUCCUGACAUUUUUAACCAUCUACAACACCACACAGUGUCACAACCCAAAAGACUUCAAUCGUUAGUGAGCAGUUCAUGUGAUUAAGUCUAAUGAUUGUGUAAGUGAAAAUAAUUUAAAAACCACAUUGCCAAAAUCUUAAAACCUUGCACACCGUGCAGUGGUGAAUAUUUAUUUGGAAUAUAUAAAAUCAUGCAUACAAACGAUAUCUCAUGAGGUCGAAACGCGUUUGGCACCAAGUGUUUUUCAAAGUGUAAACAGUUUUGUUUGUAUCUGUGAUUUUGUAUAUUUUAGAUACACAUUGUCAAAUAUAUAAAAAUGAAAAUAACAUAAAUAAAAUCCUGUUGCAUAUAUAUUUGGCCAGCAAUUCUAAUUUCAAAGUCCAUGUUCAAUUUCCAGAAUAAAAACAUUCCUUGUUAUAUAAAAGGAGGUAAUCUAAUUUUAAUGCUGCUUUUUAAAUUUUUAAUGUGUUUUUGCCACAUGAAAUAAAUGGAAGUUAAAAUGAA